UAUAACCUCUUAAACUUAUUUUUUUCAUUUUUAGUAUCUUGGAUUUAGAAAAAUAUUUACUAAUAUCAUCUAUUGACUUGCAAAACACUAAUAUAAUAGGUUUCAAUUGGAGUAUGAUUAAUAAUAUUAUGAUUUUGUAAAGAAAUCAUGCCAAAUAGAAAAAUAUUAUAGAUUGGAAAAAUGCAACAAAGGUUGCCUAAGGCAUUGUUUAAUGUUUAAAGGAUUAAAUAUCAAGCUUAAUAAAAACAAGUUGAAGGAAACAUUUUAAGAAUCUGUAAAGAAGAGUCAAAUAUUCUUAGAUAAGUAUAGACUUAUUAAACUCACUAUAAUUAUGUCAUUUUUACUAAAAAUGAUUCAAAAAAUGAUAAUUCUGGAUUUAUGAUUUGUGAGAAAUCAAAAACUUCCAUAACCUAGUGAGACCACUACAAUCUAUCUAGAAUAUCAGGUACUUAAAUAUCUCUUUGAUAAAUAACAAAGAGAAGAUAUUCAAAACUGCUAAAAAGGAAGAUUUUAGUGGUUUACCUAUUUAACUCAGAAUUAAGUUAUAGAAGUAAUUUCAUUUAAUAA